AUGGCUUACGUCCACUUUCAUGAGCCUACCGAAUACACCACCAGCUACUCAAAGAAUUAUCUACUCGCCCCCGGCGAAACAGCUACGCUAGACCCAUUCUGGAAUGCUGCUGCAAGUGGUAGCACGGAAUCUCUCAAUAUUCUACUCGAUUACUAUCGCGACGAACCGUCUCCAGUGGAACCACUUGAGAAACGGCAUUUCUCACUUGCAACAACAGCUGCUUCACAUGGCGAACUCGAGACAAGGGGCGCGUCUCCUUGUACUACUGAGCUUGCUCCUCAACCACCCAGCGAAGAUGGCGAAGGGCUCGUCGCUUGGUCCAGUUUUAUUCUUUGUUCUGGUUUCGAUUCCCAAUCUCCGGAACAGCCAGUCGAUGAUGUUCUCAGCCAGGCUGUCUCGCGUGCUGGGUAUGGGGUGGUUAAGCAGCUCAUUGAUGCCGGUGCGGAUGUACAUGCAAAACAUAGACAUCUGGAUCAGCAUCUAUUUGACAUGAAUGAUAUCCAUCGCGAUUCUACAGCGCUGCAUGUUGGCAGCUUGUACUGGAAUAACGAGGGUAUUCAGGCUCUACUAGAUCAUCAUCAUACAGGCAGUGCCAACCACAGUAUUAGUGAGAUGGUAUGCUCACUCGAUGGGAAUGGCCGUACUCCACUUCACUGGGCAGCAAAAGGCUCUAGGCUAAUUGGAUGUUUACUACCUGAUGAAGAACUUGACUUCCGCCUUGUUCGUACUUUUAAAGCACUCUUGGCUGGUAGUUCUGAGAUGGUUAAUCACAAAGAUAAAGAUGGAUUGACACCGCUUCACUAUUUUAUUCAGCUUCAUGCUGGGUGUGGUGAGACUAAACAUUUCGAAAAUGCCUUGAGGAUCUUGCUCAAAGCUGGAGCGGACCCGAAUAUCAAGGAUAAUAAGGGCCAGUCUUCUCUACAUCUACUCGCCAUUAACUCAAUCGAUAGCGAGCCACUUAAUCCUAGCAUACUCGAUCUACUUUUGGCUCGUGGUGCAGGUAUAAAGGAUGUUGAUAAGGACUGGAGUACCGCAUUCCACAUCAUGGCCAAGAAUCUUCGACAGAUUGAGGCGGCAAAGACCUUGUUGAGUGCAGGUGCUGAUCCUCGUGCUGAAAAUGCAAAGGGGAAUACACCGUUUCAUGAAUUGAUGCGGUUCGGCAUGUUACGGUUCAGACCCCGGGAUUGUGUACGCAGGCUAGAGGAUGACAAGGUGAUGGUUGAUGAUCGAAUCAAAGCGCAGGAUGAUAUGUUUAAUGCUUUGAGAGAUGCAGUUUGGGAUGGGAUGAUGGAUCAACCCAAUGCAGCGGGGAUACACCGAGACAAUUACGAGUUGAGGCGAGGAAGAAAUGGUGGGAGUAUGAGGAGAAGAGGAAGCGGAUUUUGGCAAGGGGAUGAGCUCGUCGAGUGGACAAACCAUAACGUUGGAGGACUUGAAGCUUGUCAACUGGUGUUCUCCUUUCCUCCAUCUGCUAAAACACUAUACCAUCGACCCUGA